AUGCAGCACCCCCUGGACCUGGGCGCCGCCGCCCACUACUUCCCCGCCGACCCCUUCGCCGACCACCGCUCGCAUCGCUACCGGAGCUUUAUGAUCGAGGAGAUCCUGACGGAUCACCCGGACGCCAAGAGCUCAGCACCGGCAGGGGAGCUGCUCAAGUUCGGCGUGAAGGCGCUGCUGUCGGCACGGCCCUACCACAGCCCCCUAGCGGUGCUGAAAGCCGAGCAGGCGGCCGUCUUCAAGUUCCCGCUGGCGCCGCUGGGCUGCUCGGGCCUGGGCUCCGCGCUGCUGGCGGCCGGCUCCGGGCUCCAAGGCGGCUCUGGGCCCCCUCACCUGCCGCUGGAGCUGCACCUCCGCGGGAAGCUGGAGCCGGGAGGCCCCGAGGCGGGCAGCAAAGCCAAGAAGGGCCGUCGAAGCCGCACCGUCUUCACCGAGCUGCAGCUGAUGGGCCUGGAGAAGCGCUUCGAGAAGCAGAAAUACCUCUCCACGCCCGACAGAAUAGACCUGGCAGAGUCCCUGGGCCUGAGUCAAUUGCAGGUGAAAACCUGGUAUCAAAACAGGAGAAUGAAAUGGAAGAAAAUAGUUCUGCAAGGUGGCGGGCUUGAAUCCCCCACCAAGCCCAAAGGUCGUCCAAAGAAAAAUUCCAUUCCUACCAGCGAACAGCUGACAGAGCAAGAGCGAGCGAAGGAAGCGGAGAAACAAGCGGAAAGCCUCGGUUCCCCCUGUCAAGUCAGCCAGGAGGAAUAA